CAAACGUCUGUAAAAGUUUUGUAGAAUUUCUUUUGAAAUCUUGCACAAAUUCUAGUUUCGAAACGCUAGUAAAAGCACUAGUUAUGUCAUCCAUUAGUGACUACCUACAAAGGUAUCCAGUUUCGUCAACUUUACCAAAAGAAUUCGACAAUAUUACUCUAGCUGAUCCAUCUUUUUCUGAGCCUGGUAAUAUAGAUAUUCUCAUCGGUGCUGAUAUCUUCCACGUAAUAAUUCUUGAUGGUGUAAUAAGGCCUCAAAACGGACCUUUAGCCCAGCAUACUGAAUUGGGUUGGAUAUUAUCUGGUCCUAUUAAUUCAAAAAAUAGUUUAUCUAUUGAAAACACAAGCUCAUUUCAUACACAAGUCAAUGCAAUUGAUAAUUCACUUCGAAAGUUCUGGGAACUAGAAGAAGUUUCUACUUCAAGAAUUUCUACUCCUGAAGAAACAGCUUGUGACAAUUACUUUCAAAAUACAUUUUCUCGUUCUGCUAAUGAAAGAUAUAUAGUAAAACUUCCUUUCAAAUCCAAAGUGCUCAAUGAAGACUACCCGAUCUUUAAAAAUUCCUUGCUUAAUGCGCAGAAAAGGUUCACUCAUCUUGAACAAAGAGUGUUUCCAAAAAAUCAAACUCUUAAAGAAGAGUAUUCAAAAUUCAUUAAUGAGUACAUAAGCCUCAGUCAUAUGAAAUUUAAAUGUUAUCUUCAAGAUCUUCCUCCAACUGAAAAUGGUUUCAUACUACCACAUCAUGGAAUAUGGAAGGAAAGUAGCUCUACAACAAAGUUAAGAGUUGUAUUUGAUGGAUCAUCAAAACCAGUCAACUCCACUUCUCUCAAUGAAGAGCUUCUUCCCGGUCCAUCGUUACAAAACGAUCUUUCAUCAGUCAUUCUGAAAUGGCGUAAAUUUCUCUUCGUUUUCACAUCGGACAUUGAGAAAAUGUUUCGACAAAUCAUUGUUCAUCCUGAAGAAACAAAGUUCCAGAGGAUCCUAUGGCGUCCCGAUACGUUCAGUUCACUUCAACUGUAUGAACUGCAAACAGUUACUUAUGGUACAACUUGUGCUCCAUAUCUUUCAAUCAAAGUUUUGCAACAGUUAGCAAAUGAUGAAGCAGAAAAUUUUCCUAAAGGAGCUGAAGUUUUGAAAAACGACAUUUACGUUGACGAUAUAAUUUCUGGUGCUGACGACCUCAGUUCAGCAAAGACAAUUCAAAAGCAACUCAAGAAGCUUUUAAGUUCCGGAGGGUUUAAUCUAAGAAAGUGGACUUCAAAUUGUCCAGAACUCCUUUCUGAUUUACAACCAGAAGAUUGUGAGUUUUCAUUCAAUCUUGAUGAUUCAAACUCAUCAGUUAAAGCGUUGGGUUUAUAUUGGAAUCCAAAAUAUGACUAUUUCUUCUUCAAAAUAUCGCUUUCCAUGUGUAAUAUUUUCACAAAAAGAACAUUACUUUCCGAUGCAUCGAAGCUUUUCGAUCCACUUGGCUUACUGGCGCCAACAACAAUUCUGGCUAAAAUAUAUUUUCAGCAACUUUGGCUGGAAGGUAUUGGAUGGGAUGAUCCUCUUCCACAUAAAUUAAGUUCCGAAUGGGAACAGUAUAGAAAUAAUCUAUCAUUCUUACAAACUAUAAAAAUACCUAGAUGGCUAGGUACUAUAAGUUCUUCAUCUAUAGAAAUUCAUGGCUUUUCCGAUGCUUCGAACAAUGCAUAUUCUGCCGUUCUCUAUUGUAGAACUCAUAGACCUAACGGACAGAUUUUUGUCAAUAUUAUUACUGCAAAAACUAAAGUUGCACCAAUUAAACAAAUUUCAUUACCGCGACUAGAGUUGUGCGGUGCAGUUCUCUUGGCUAAGUUGUUUAAAAAAUUUAUAUCGGCUACUCAAAUUGAAACUUAUAACUUAGAAUCAUACUUCUGGACAGAUUCUACCAUAGUUCUAAGCUGGAUUCAUGCUUUACCUAUUCGUUGGAAAACUUUUGUCGCCAACCGUGUAAGUGAAAUUCAAGAAAUAACGAAUGUAAAUCAAUGGUUUCAUGUAAGUUCAGAGGACAAUCCAGCUGAUUGUGCUUCUAGAGGAGUUCAACCUCAAGAUUUAGAAAACCAUGAACUCUGGUGGAACGGUCCUCGGUGGUUAAGUUGCUCAAAAGUCGAUUGGCCCAGUCAAGAUACCUCUCGAUUUUUUACUGAUCUUGAGCAAAAAACGAAAAUAUUUGCAUGUACUAAUGUAAUUAUUCAAUUUUCCACUAACCUCUUAAGUAGAUUCAGUUCAUUAAACCGUUUACUACGAGUGACGUCUUAUAUCCUAAGACUUCGACCUAAAAGGCUGAGAAUUUUCAGUGGUUACUUAAAGGCUAUAGAAAUUCAAACUUCAUUAAAACAUCUCAUAACUUUAUCUCAAUCCUUAUCAUUUCCUAACGAAAUUAAAAGUCUUACAACUAAAAAGGAAAUUUCUUUCAAAAGUAAAAUUCUUAAUUUACAUCCAUUCGUUGAUAAAAAUAACCAACUUCGUGUUGGAGGUCGACUUCGUUUUGCGAACAUAGACGACGAUUCAAAAUAUCCUUUGAUUCUAUCAGGUUCUUGUAAUCUUUCAAAACUUCUUGUUGCUGACGCGCACUUAAAAACCCUACAUGGUGGACAACAAUUAAUUAUGACCUAUAUUCGAACCAAGUAUUGGAUAACAAACUUAAGAAAUGUUGCAAAAGCAGAAUUUCAUGCUUGUGUUACUUGCACUCGCUUUAACAAAAUGCGUACCACGCAACUAAUGGGUUCACUUCCCAAAGUAAGAGUGAAUAAAAGCAGGGCAUUUCGACAUAGCGGUGUAGAUUAUGCUGGUCCUUUCGACCUUAAGCUUUCCAAAGGUAGAUCGACGAAGACCUACAAGGGUUUUAUUUGCAUAUUUAUUUGUUUGGUCACAAAAGCUAUUCAUAUCGAGCUUGUCUCAGAUAUGACAUCCGAAGGUUUUUUGGCUGCAUUCCGAAGGUUCACUGCGCGAAGAGGAAGUUGUAGUCAUUUAUACAGUGACAAUGGAACCAACUUUGUGGGAGCCAACAAAGAGCUUAUAAAGAUGAAUCAUCAAUUUCUUCAAAUUCUUUCGCCUGACGUCCGUGCCCAGAUGGAAAAUGAAGGAACUUCCUGGAGUUUUAUUCCGCCUGCCUCACCACACUUUGGUGGAUUAUGGGAGGCAGGAGUAAAAUCAGUUAAUUCAAAUCGAAGCCUCACUAAACUCCAGACCGCUUUGCCCACUUACCGAUGACCCUACGGACUUAAGUGUACUCACUCCUGCCCAUUUCCUUAUUGGAGAGCCUACGAAUAUUGUUCCAGAACCAUCACUACUUGAUCUUAAGACCAACCGACUCAACAGAUGGCAACAUAUCCAACAAAUGUUCCAGCACUUUUGGGCUAGAUGGCACAAGGAAUAUCUAUCACGCCUUCAACAACGUCCAAAGUGGACCAAAUCCAAAAGAAACAUCGAAAGAAACGACAUAGUAAUCAUCAAAGAUGAAAGAUAUCCUCCAGCGAAGUGGCCACUGGCUAGAGUAGUGGAGACUCAUCCAGGUGCAGACGGCAUAUGCAGGGUGGUAUCUGUGUAUGCAAAUGGAAAACAAUUCAAACGCCCAAUCACAAAGUUAUGUCUACUUCCGGAAGUUAACACACCAAAUUCGGCAUGUAACGACAAUUCCACAACAUAACAACAUUCAACUUUAUUUACACAUCUUUAAUAAUUUCAAAAGGAUUCAAUAUGCUCAACAACGUUAGCGAGUAUCAGGCGCUAAAAAUCCUGAUCCUUUUUAUUUCAACAUUCAUUCUAAUGUAUAUAAGAGGAAAUGCUUGUAUACCUUUAUUUUUAUCUUUAUCAAAGAAUCUAUCUUUUAUUGUAUCUUAAGUAAAGAACAGUUGUUCUUCCCCGGCGGUAUGUUUAAGAUCUAUUACAAUUAUGUCCGAAAAUAAUAUUGUAAAUCUUAACGAAACUAAUGGCAACACCUUUAGCUUAAGCCAAGAGCAAGUUGGCCGUAAUCUCUUUCACUUUGGCUGCAUACCGCAUCGGGAUAAGUUCUUUUCCUCAUAAUUGCAUAUAUUAAUACAAAUAUUCUAACUUUUUAUUAUACUAAAAUAAAUUUAAAUAAACUUCUAAUAUUUCUCUUUUUCU